CCGAAAUCGGAAUAAUGGGGGUUUAGGGUUUUACGACCUCCAUUGACGACGCACAACGCUGACUAGCGGAGACUGUGAGAAGUUGCAGUGUUGAUCGAAUUGAGAGGAUGGGAGAGAAAUUGAGGCUUCAUCUGGGAGGAUUGGGAUCAAACGUGCAGGCAUCCGAUCUCCACAAGACCUUCACCUCGCCGAAGCUGGGCGAAGUUCAAUCCGUCGAGAUUAUUCGCACCAAAGGUCGCAGCUUUGCCUACAUAGAGUUCGUUCCGGCUUCUGACAAAGGCCUCUCCAAGCUCUUCAGCACGUAUAAUGGUUGCAUGUGGAAGGGGGGAAGACUUAAACUUGAGAAGGCCAAAGAAGACUAUCAAUCUCGCCUAAGACGUGAGUGGAUGGAAGCUGCUCAACAUGAGACUAAAUUGCCCAACCAGAGUGUUGAUGCUGAUGAAAGUGUAUGUGAAAUGCCGAAACCCAAGAAAGAAGAUAUUGAAAAAAUGCAGCUCAAGCUAUUUUUCCCCAAGUUGAGGAAGCUAAAAGUGAUACCUCUCAAAGGAACUGGCAAACACAAGUACAGCUUUCAGCGCUUUGAAGUUCCAUCCCUCCCCACCCACUUUUGUGAUUGUGAGGAGCACUUUGUACCUCCAGAGCCAGCCAAAAGAAAUCAUUCUGGGCUUCCUAUGCCAGCAAAAAGAAAUAAAACUAAUGAUCACGAGGUAGACAAUAAUGGGGUGAAUGAGGAGGAACUUAACAUGAUGAAGUCAAUAUUGGACAAGCUGUUAGAGAAGGAAAUCCGCUCAGAGAUUGUGUCCAAUGAAGCUGAACCUUCUGAAGAAAUACAACAUGAUGCAUCUUUAGCAGAUCAAUGUCAAGUUGAUGGCAACGAGGAAGACCAAGAAAGCGAGGAAGAAGAGGAAGAUCAAGAAAGUGAUGAAGAUAACCUUGUUAUUAACAUUGUGGGUCGGUCAAGUAAGAGGGGUAAAUUGUUUGAGGAUUGGGGACAGAAAACAAGUACUAUUAUAAAUCAGGAUUCGUUGGUAAAUGAGCCCGAGGCCAUGUAUAAUACCAAUGGAAAGAAGCAGGAAACACAAAGAGCUAACCAAAUUUUUGACAAUAAGAGAAAGCAGUCUGUUCGUGAAGACAAACCAAAUGAUACAGUACCUUCUAAGAAGAAGCGAGUGAUAGAGAUUUCUCAUGACUGCACAGGUGAUCAAGUUGUUAUAAACACAAAAACGGUAGAUAAAGAUCCAGGCUCUAUACGGUUAGGUUCUGAUGUGGCUAUUGCUCAAAAGAAAAGUUCUGAUGUGGCUAGCUCAACUAAAUCAGCAUGGAAAGCCCUGGUCAGCGAAAAGGGGAACACUGCUUUCAACAUAUCAGAUAUCUUGACGAACCGUAAUUCUGCUAUUGAAACCGAACCUGGUUCUGGUACUGAAACCAAAUCUGGUUCUGAUACUGAAGCUGAAAAUGGUUCUGAUACUGAAGCCGAACCUGGUUCUGAUUCUGAAGCUGAAAAUGGUUCUGAUACCGAGGCAGAAUCUGGUUCGGAUACUGAAGCCGAACCUGGUUCUGAUACUGAAGCCGAACCUGGUUCUGAUACUGAAACCGAACCUGGUUCUGAUGCUGAAGCCGAACCUGGCUCUGAUGCUGAAGCCGAACCUGGUUCUGAUGCUGAAGCCAAACCUUGCUCGGAUGCUGAAAACGAACCUGGUUCUGAUACUAAAGCUGAACCUGGUUUUGGUAUUUCUACAGAACGCUGCUCCAAUGGAAACAAUGGCCAGCAAGAUCAAUCAAGCAAAGUUCAAGAGCUGGAAAAACAUUCUGAUGCCCAAUCUACUGAGCAAACUGCGUCUGAAGAUUUAUUAGCUAGAGGCGCAUCAUGGAAACGAAAGUCUUCAUGGCUGCAAAUGGUUGCAGAUGCAAAUGCAAGUGCCUUCAGCCUUUCACAAGUUUUGCCUGAUGUAACUUUUCAAAAACAAGAGCCACAACAGUUCAAGGUGAUUGACUUUUCCAGUUCAAGUCGGGGUAAACAAGACAAGUUUUUGGAUAAAAAAUCUUUUGCUGAAGACAUUGGUGAACCUCAACGUCUUGCUAAUACAGGAAACCCGAAUGAGGAUGUUUUUACCAAGGAGCAGAAUACCGGUGGUCCAGUUGGAGGGCAGCUGAAUUCCCAUUCAACUGCGCCGGUGCUUGGUGUGAACCUGGUACCAAGUACUAGGCCUAUGGGAGAGAUCAUUAUCAGUGAAACUUGCCCGUUUAUGAAGAGUGCUGAUUCAAUGAAGGAGUGGGCUAAGUCUAAGGCAGCUUUAAGUGGUUCACAUAAAAGAAAAGGCAAGGAAAUGAACUCCCUUCAGAAACAGCGUGGCAAGUGAGGUAUUCAGACUCACAGGAUGGCACUUGCACGGUUUCCUAGCCGUUUCUAGUGAAUCUAGAUGAUCGUUCUCCAACAGUUUAAGUCCGAUUAAUUGCCUUGGCAGGUUCAUUUAUAUGAUCUCUUUAUGUUGUGCACAUUCACAGAGUUAUGCCUCUUUGGAUAAUUCAUAUGAUCUCUAUAUCUAAUAUACACCAUAAUUCUGCUAUUUGGAUAAUUUUACCGUUAUUUGAUUUUUCAGUGAAUUUACAAACA